ACUUGCUUUGUUGAGUCAUUGACUUCAAACCUGGGAGGGGGUGGGAUCCACCAACAGUCGUUGCCUGCUUCCUGAAAUUGCCAAACCAGAAGAAGCUCGGUGACUCAGCUAUAAUCACAAAGAAAUGUGGCGAAGGUAUUUCAGUAGCAACAUCAACUCCACGCGCACAUUGAAGGAGAAGAAAUGGGACGCUCUGGUGAUCGGCGCCGGCCACAACGGCCUCACAGCCGCUGCUUACUUGGCUCGCUCUGGCCUCUCCGUCGCCGUUCUCGAGCGUCGCCACAUCAUCGGCGGUGCUGCCAUCACUGAAGAACUCGUUCCUGGCUUUAAGUUCUCCCGCUGCAGCUACGUCCAGAGCCUCCUCCGCCCCUCCAUCAUCAAGGACUUGGAGUUGGCAAAACAUGGGUUGAAGUUGUUGAAGAUGAAAGCGGCUACGUUCACACCCUGUGUUGAUGGUCGCUAUCUUCUUUUGACUUAUAAUCAGAAGCAAAAUUACAAGGAGAUUUCCAGGUUCUCAAAACGAGAUGCAGAUGCUUUUCCAAGAUAUGAAAGUCAACUAAUUAAAUUCUGUGAAGUCAUGGAUUUUCUUUUGGAUUCACUUACUCCCGAAACAUUAAAUCAUGAUUCAUCUUUUACCGAUCGGCUGAGAGACAAGUUGAACAAGUCAGUUUUUUGGGGUCGUUUUCUGCAUCGGGUUCUCUCACUGGGGCAGAAAGAUUUGGUGGACUUUGUGGACCUUCUGUUGUCCCCAACUUCAAAGGUUUUGAACUACUGGUUUGAGACAGAUGUGCUGAAGGCAACACUUGCAGGGGAUGCUAUCAUUGGGAGUAUGGCAAGCAUCCAUGCACCUGGAAGUGGAUAUGUUCUGCUGCAUCAUGUAAUGGGCAAUACUGAUGGUGAACGUAAUGUUUGGUCGCAUGUUGAAGGUGGCAUGGGUUCAGUAUCAUCAGCUAUAAGUAAGGCUGCUAGGGAGGUUGGGGCACAUAUUGUGACAAAUGCAGAGGUUUCACAGUUGAUGAUUGAAGACUCUGGUGUUGUAAAUGGGGUACUACUGGAGGAUGGGACACAGGUGUAUUCUUCUGUUGUUUUGUCAAAUGCAACCCCUUAUAAGACUUUCAUGGAAUUAGUGCCUCAAAAUGUUCUUCCAGAUGAUUUUUUCCAUGCUAUUAAGAACAUUGACUACAAAUCUGGAACCACAAAAAUUAAUGUAGCUGUUGAUAAAUUGCCUGAGUUCCAGUGUUACAAGUUCAACCAUCCAGAAGCAGGUCCUCACCAUACAGCUACCAUUCACAUUGGUACUGACAGUAUGGAGGAGAUUGGCUUAGCUUGUCAAGAUGCUUGGAAUGGCCUAUCAUCACGGAGGCCUGUUAUUGAGAUGACAAUUCCUUCUUCAUUGGACAAGACUAUUUCUCCUCCUGGUAAGCAUGUGGUCAGUCUAUUUACACAAUAUACACCCUAUAAUCUCACCGAUGGUAGCUGGGAAGAUCCUGCAUACAGAGAAUCAUAUGCAAAAAGGUGUUUCAACUUGAUUGAUGAAUAUGCCCCUGGCUUUAGCUCAUCUGUCAUUGGUUAUGACAUGCUGGCACCACCGGAUCUUGAGAGGGUGAUUGGUCUGACAGGGGGGAAUAUUUUUCAUGGUGCUAUGAGUUUGGAUUCUCUUUUCCUGAUGCGCCCUGUCAAAGGAUGGUCAGGUUAUAGGACUCCAGUGAGAGGGCUGUAUUUGUGCGGCAGUGGAACACAUCCUGGUGGUGGUGUGAUGGGGGCGCCUGGUCGUAACUCUGCGCAAGUCGUCAUUCAAGAUCUUAAAAAAUAUUACGUAUGAGAGUUGGAUUUAAUGGAUGUUAUUCUCCACAAUAUUUUCCUUAUUAGUUUCCUUAAGUGGUUGAUUUUUGAAAUUAAUUUAGGAAGAUAGCCCUUUUUUUUUGUUUUUUUGGGGUUUGUGUUCUUUCUUUCCGGGUUGAAGGAGAAAUAUACAAGAACCAAUAAAAAGUUCAAUGUGAGAGAACACCGUUUUACUUCUGGGUGGUGUUUCUGAGAAAACAUAUUGGAACAAGGACAUGAAGAUCAUGGUACCAGGAGUGUUCAAUUGCCUCAUCGACUAAUUUAUUUAUAUGCCCUCUCCAUAACACCGGGUGAAGCUCCCUCCCGGCACUACGGCGGUGAGAUCUCCCAGCUCAAUGGGUGCUUGGAUUGGGGGGUCCAACCUUCGUCACGGAGUUUCAUGCUGAUCAUCAGUGUGCAGAGUGGCAUCCGCCAGUGUUACACAGCUCCCACCGAAUUUGCCUGUUCUUGCGUGUAAAGCACAACCCCAAUCCAUGAUGCUGCUCUUUUGUCAUAUUGGAUGAAAUUAAAUUAAAUACUCAUCGAAUGUAUUUCACCCUUCUUUUUAUGGUAAACAAAUGAAAUUGGACAA